AUGUCUCUCCUACUUGUAGAGCAUCGGAGGCCCUGGAAGAGUCUGGGCGUUGGAGGGAGCCAGUGGGUGCCUGUGUGCCAGGCCACCACCCUCUCCCCAAGAGCAUCACCACGCCAGGAACCUCAUCAAGUCCAGAGCAACCUGGCCAGCCCAAGUUCCCGCCUGGCCCUGAAAGACACCACUGGCCGGCUAGUUGGUUCAGGGCUCCGGCAGCAAAGUAACGUAGUUUCGAUGGGGAGGCCCCAACGAAAGGCUUGAGAGCCCACUGUACAGCAGAAUAACCUGUGCUUCCAAGGGACCAGCAGGCCCCAUCUGCGGAACAGCAGAGGGCCACGGACUCACCUGUCCCCUAGCCGGAAGCAGACACCCCUGGCUGCAGAUACCCUGAGCUCAGAUUUGAGGCUGUCUGGGCUGGCACCUCUUGAUGGAUGUACAUGGCUGGGCCCCAGGUCCCAGUGUGGCCUGGGAGGCUGGGCACCCAGACUUGUUGGGGAGCCCCUCACCUUAGAGGACCUGGCUGAUUCUGCCCACAGCCAGCCUCUGGCCCCAUCCCUGUCCGAUGCUGUCCACUGGCUACUGGCCUCCAUGCUACACCAGGAACAUGAGACAGCCGGUCUUGGAAGUCAGACAUUCUGGGAGGCCCCAGGCCCUGCACAGUGGGGCUCCUGCAUUGACAGUAGCUGGGCACCCUCUGAGCAACCCCAGCCCGGCCAGCCUAUUCUCCACAACUGGGAUGAGCAAAAGAGAACCCUGGGCCACAGGGAAAGUGCAAGUCUUCUGGAGACCCUAGAGAUCCAGGCUGGACUCUCAGAGUCCCCAGCACACAAGCCUCUGCUACCCCAGGUCACUCUAGGGACAUUGGAUGACUGUUUCCCUGACUUAGAGCAAGAGGACCUUUCUGUUUGGUCCCUAAGGGCAAAGGAGAGCUGGAAGCUGCUGUCGAGAUGUUUCAGAGCCUGGAAGCACUUGUCACAGAGGCAGCAAGCAGCUCAGAGCAGAAGGCAGCUGCCGUGUCAGGGCCUCAGAGCCUGGGCCCUGUGGCUGUGGGAGGCCCAGCUGAAGGUGGCAUCAGGGAAACAUGCAAAGGCCCUGCUGGCCUGGAGCUUCAGAGAGUGGGAGCACCGAGCUCUGCAACAGAAACUGGGGUUGUCCCACCCCGAGACUGCAUCAGCCUUCCUGGCUUCAGGGGGAGGCCCAUCCUUAGGAAGAAAAGUGGCCGUGGACCCCACCUGGAGACACAGGACUUACUCUUUCCUAGGGAACAAGGUCCUCCACCGUUCAGUUCUGAGAACUGCCACCACCCACAACCUGGGGGAGAGAGUGACACAGGCCCAGUGGCUACCCCAGAAGCCACACCAGGGCUCCAUGUGGAAAGCCUGCUGGAAGUUGGUCCUGCACCGGGCCCUGUUGCUCUGGAGGACCUUUUUCUUUCAGGGCAUGCAGAAGCGUGCUCUGCGCUGCAUUCUGAGCUGGUGGCAUUUGAGGGGACAGUGCCUUCUGCUCUGGCAUGUGCAGGCCCUGAAGUUCCUGGUGGCAGCGAGGUGGUGGCAGCAGUAUACCCUCCAGAGGCGUAUCCUUCUCAGCUGGAACCACUGGACCACAGCUCAAGGGGCCCAGAGAGAGCUAGCUGCAGCUGGGCAUCAGAGCUGCAGAGCUGUGAUGGGCCUGUGGCGGCAGCAGCUGGCAAAGUGGCAGGCAGUGGAGCAGUGGCUCCAUGAGCCAGAGACUAGGCAGCAGUUCCUGCAUGAACAGUACCAGAGGUGGGGGCAAGUCCACCUCCAGGUCCGGUGGAGGACGGUGUUCCGGUGCUGGCAGCAAGCGCUAGUUCAGCGGAGAUGCCUUCGGAGUUAUUUCCAGGCCUGGUGUCAGCUAGUGAGGGCACAACAUCGAGCCUUCCAGGAAGGCCUGAGGAGAACAGGUCCCAGAGGCCACAUCUGGCAAGUAGGGUGUCACCCUGUGCCAGCAGGCCGGGCCCCAGAGCCUCCUGAGGAGUCACUGUUGAGACCGAGGCUGGAGCCACCAACCCCAGUCCAGGGAGCUGACUUCAGGCUGGCCAGCAGAGGGUGCGUCCUGCUGCUGCUGGACAGCACAGCCCUUCGGAUGCAGGUGAGACUCACAGCUGCUGAACACUGGUCACAGAGACUGCUGCCCAACCUGGUAUGGCAGCACAGCUACAGUGAACAGAGGACCAAGUCCUGGGCUCUGAGUAAGGAGCUGGAUCCCCUGGGCAGUCCCUAG